AUGACGGCGGCAGUGAGAGCCGUGAUGCUGCUGCUGCCGGCGGUGCUGCUGCUGCUGCUGCCCUCACAAGUUCAGGGCGGCAAGAGUUACUGCGAGGAGGCUGGCGGGAGAUGUGUUCCCGCCAAAAAAUGUGAAGUUACAAUUUCUAAACUUGGCUGCCAGAGGCAAAAUGAAGUCUGCUGCAUCAACACUCCACCACAAGAUAGCAGUGAAGUGAAGAAAAACAAAACCUAUAGCAAAAGGAACAAUGGAAAGAAAUACAAUAAGAUAAUGAAGAAGAAGGAGCCCAAAAAGAAAUUCAAGAAGAAAUUUAAAUCCGUUUGGGCAGCUGAGGGUAGAGCGGUAGCGAAGAGGACGUGCGCCAGUCUUGGGGGAGCCUGUGUGGCUAAGAGAACCCAGUGCACAAAGGUCAAAGGCACAGGAUGCAUCAAAGGAAAAGAAAAAUGCUCAAAGGCUUCUACCCCUCCUGCAGUUCUGAAAUACCUUUUCCCUGCACACUCCUGCUCCAUUGCCAUCUUCACAGAUGGGUCUAAGUCUACCGACGGUGUAGGCUACCAUGUUGUAUAUCCUGACCACACCUAUAUGUGUCGCCUGCCCCCGGAGACUAGCGGUACGCAGACUUGUAGUAUCCAGUGCCCUCCAGGACCCCCUGGUCCCCCUGGCCUUACUGGUUCCGCGGGGAUUAAUGGUACAACCGGUCCUCCAGGUCCUCCCGGUAAUAAUGGGAUUUCUGGUCCUCCAGGCCCUCCCGGUAGUAAUGGGAGUUCUGGUCCUCCAGGCCCUCCCGGUAAUAAUGGGAGUGAUGGCCUACCAGGUCCUCCCGGUAGUAACGGGAGUGUUGGCCUACCAGGUCCUCCUGGAAAUAAUGGGACUGUUGGCCCACCAGGUCCUCCCGGUAAUGACGGGAAUGAUGGUCAACCAGGUCUUCCCGGCACUGACGGGAAUGUUGGCCCACCAGGUCCUCCCGGUAAUAACGGGAGCGUUGGCCCACCAGGUCCUCCCGGUAAUAACGGGAGCGUUGGCCCGCCAGGUCUUCCCGGUGACAACGGGAGUCCUGGCGCUGUUGGUCCAAAAGGGAUGGACGGUACUCCCGGUACAAACGGUAGUGAUGGUAUACAAGGUGUCCCAGGCGAUCCUGGUGUAAAUGGCAUUAACGGUACUAAUGGGAUACCAGGUACUCCUGGUGAUAAUGGUCUACCUGGUCCUCCAGGUCCUCCAGGAUUUAAUGGUUCCCAGGGCGAUCAAGGACUUCCAGGGCCCCAAGGAGAUCAAGGAAUCCAAGGGCUUCCAGGCCUUCCAGGACCACAGGGAGAUAUUGGGCCACAAGGACCAAAGGGAGACAUUGGACCACAAGGACCAUCAGGAACUAAUGGAAUUCCAGGAACACCCGGGACUAAUGGCACUACAGGAGCAAAGGGAGACAUCGGGCCUCCAGGAUUACCGGGACCUAAAGGGGAUACAGGAUCUCAGGGACUUCCAGGAAACACUGGUCCUACAGGACCUAAAGGAGAUGUUGGACCUGUCGGCCCUUCGGGUCCUCCAGGUCCACCAGGUCCCCCAGGUCCUCCAGGAGAAAAAGGAAGUCCUGGAAAUAGUGGUGGUUAAGGGUAAACAAUUGAAGUUCUUUGUCUACGGUGACUGGAAGGAUGGAAAUGAGUGCAGCUGCGACACCCACAAUCAGGUCUACGGAGAUGGAACAGAUCUGAUAGAUAGCCCAACAGCCUUCCCAAACUUCUGCCUCAGAUGAAGAAACAAUAAAUAUGGAACCAAGAGCCUAUUCAGGCAACUAAAUGUGAUGCAAUAGGAAUUUUGAGAUUAUAUGUAUAAAUGAAGACGAACUUUGUUAUUAAAGUUAAUUAUUAUUGUCACCUGGUAGACCUUGACAUGAUAUGUGCAUUUUUGUAGUUCUCUUACGUGCUGUAACACGUAAGACUCGU